AAAAAAAAACUUGGGUUAUGCUUCUUGAAGUUGUACGUUAACGUACAAGUAUGUUACUGAUUAUGGGUCCGCCGGUGAUGCUCUCUUUCACUCCCCAAAUUCGUUUCAGUUCUGCAAUUGCAUCUAUCAGCAGUAAGAUUUCUCAAAUGGGUCAUGAGAAAUCACAACUACUUCGCCCCAAAUCAGAUGCUCUUCCCAAUUUCAGAUUCUGCAACGUUUCUGGUAGGAAGACAGAGUUAGUUGAGAUUCAUCCCACAAAUCCCAGAUUUCAUAUCCUUUUUGUUCCUGGAAAUCCAGGAGUGAUUUCAUUUUACACCGAUUUUUUGGAGUCCCUUUAUGAGCAAAUGGGAGAGGCCGCUUCUAUAACGGCAAUUGGGCAUAUAUCACACUCGGAAAAGGAUUGGGAGCACGGAAAUGUGUUCACAUUAAAGGAACAAAUAGAUCACAAGAUCAAUUUCAUCGAGCAGGAAUUGCAAGAUCUUAAAGUCCCUCUUAUUUUGGUGGGACACUCGAUUGGGUCGUUUAUGUCAUUGGAAAUAUUUAAACAAAUUCCUGAAAAGGUUGCGUAUUUUAUUGCUCUAUACCCAUUUUUGGCAGUAAAUGCAAGAUCUCAGCAACAGUCUAUUAUAAAGAAAAUUUCAAGGUCCCGGCUUCAAUCUAAUCUGAUCAGUGCGACAGUCGCAUUGUUAGGAUUCCUACCAAUUUCCGUAUCGAGAUUUAUAGCAAAAAUGUCGUUGGGGAAAUCGUGGUCCGCUACUGCUAUCGAUGCUCUUUGUAAAGGCGUUCUUAAGUAUCAUACAAUGUGCAAUGUGCUUUAUUUGGCCAUGACUGAAUUUGAAGAGCUUGUAAAGGUGCCAGAUUGGGAAUUUAUGAGAAAAAAGAAAAAUAAGAUUGCAUUCUUGUAUGGUGAUGAUGAUCAUUGGGCCCCAUUGUACAUGCAUGAUGAGGUGGUAAAGCAAGUGCCAGAUGCUGUAGUGGAAGUGGAAAAGGAGGGUCACACCCAUUCUUUUUGCUGCACCGUGUCUGGUUCAGUGUGGGUGGCUCGUCAUGUUGCAACCUUGAUCAAUAAAACUAUGCUUUGAUGGGACCCAUGGUUGCAUCUUUUGUAGCACCACUAGCCUAUAGGCUUAGCUCACAUGAACCUUGUGAAUAAAUAUGUGUGUGUGUAUACGUUUGUUAUUAAUUGUAAAUCAAUGCAUUGUGUGUUCAUUUGUCACACUCUACCAUAAUUAUGCCCAUUUAUGCAUCCUUGAUAGGUAUCAUGGAAAUCCCAUUUCCAUCAUUAACCUAUA